CUGCAAUGCUGACUGAACCUUGAUAGAAAGAUAACGUUGGAGGCAAGUUGCCUUUGAACAACUCUCUGAAGAUCAACGGCCUCCCCAUCACAUUCCUUGCCCAGAAGCUCUUUCCUCUGGUUGUGCUAAGGGGUGAUGCCCAAGGCACAUCACUUUUCAAGAAUUAGAUCAUGAACAACUUUAUCCUCCUGGAAGAACAACUCAUCAAGAAAUCCCAACAAAAGAGAAGAACUUCUCCCUCAAACUUUAAAGUCCGUUUCUUUGUUUUAACCAAAACCAGUCUGGCAUACUUUGAGGACCGCCAUGGGAAAAAACGAACACUGAAGGGCUCCAUUGAACUCUCCCGAAUCAAAUGUGUUGAGAUUGUGAAAAGCGACAUCAGCAUCCCAUGCCACUAUAAAUACCCAUUUCAGGUCGUGCAUGAUAACUACCUCCUGUAUGUGUUUGCUCCAGACCGAGAGAGCCGGCAACGCUGGGUCCUGGCCCUUAAAGAAGAAACAAGGAACAACAACAGUUUGGUACCCAAGUAUCAUCCUAAUUUCUGGAUAGACGGGAGGUGGAGGUGCUGUGCCCAGCUGGAGAAGCUUGCAGCAGGCUGUGCCGAGUACGACCCAACCAAAAACGCUUCAAAGAAGCCUCUUCCUCCUACUCCUGAAGAUAACAGGCGGUCACUUCAGGAACCUGAGGAAACCUUGGUCAUUGCCUUGUAUGACUACCAAACAAAUGACCCACAGGAACUCACACUUCGCCGCAAUGAAGAAUACUACCUGCUGGACAGUUCUGAAAUUCAUUGGUGGAGAGUUCAGGACAGGAACGGGCAUGAAGGAUAUGUACCAAGCAGUUAUCUGGUGGAAAAAUCUCCAAAUAACCUGGAAACCUAUGAGUGGUACAAUAAGAGCAUCAACCGUGACAAAGCUGAAAAACUUCUAUUGGACACAGGCAAAGAAGGAGCCUUUAUGGUACGAGAUUCCAGGACUCCAGGAACAUACACUGUGUCUGUUUUCACCAAGGGCAUCGUAAGUGAGAACAACCCCUGUAUAAAGCACUAUCACAUCAAAGAAACAAAUGAUAACCCCAAGCGAUACUACGUGGCUGAAAAGUAUGUGUUUGAUUCCAUCCCUCUCCUCAUCAAUUACCACCAACACAAUGGAGGAGGCCUGGUCACCCGACUCCGGUAUCCCGUUUGUUCCUGGAGGCAAAAAGCCCCUGUCACGGCAGGGCUGAGAUAUGGGAAAUGGGUGAUCGAUCCCUCGGAGCUCACUUUUGUGCAGGAGAUAGGCAGCGGACAGUUUGGGUUGGUGCAUCUUGGCUACUGGCUCAACAAGGACAAGGUGGCCAUCAAAACCAUUCAAGAAGGGGCCAUGUCAGAAGAGGACUUCAUAGAAGAGGCAGAAGUCAUGAUGAAACUGUCUCACCCUAAACUGGUCCAGCUCUAUGGGGUAUGCCUGGAGCAGGCCCCCAUCUGCCUGGUAUUUGAGUUCAUGGAGCAUGGCUGCCUAUCAGAUUACCUGCGCAGCCAGCGGGGGGUCUUUGCGGCGGAGACCCUACUGGGCAUGUGCUUGGACGUGUGUGAGGGCAUGGCCUACCUGGAAGAUGCGUGUGUCAUCCACAGAGACCUGGCUGCCCGAAACUGUCUGGUGGGAGAAAACCAAGUCAUCAAGGUGUCCGACUUUGGGAUGACAAGAUUCGUCCUCGAUGAUCAGUACACCAGCUCCACAGGCACCAAGUUCCCAGUGAAGUGGGCAUCCCCGGAAGUUUUCUCCUUCAGCCGCUACAGCAGCAAGUCGGAUGUGUGGUCAUUUGGUGUGCUCAUGUGGGAAGUCUUCAGCGAAGGCAAAAUCCCGUAUGAAAACCGAAGCAACUCUGAGGUGGUGGAAGAUAUCAGUACAGGAUUUCGGUUAUACAAGCCCCGACUGGCCUCCGUGAAUAUCUACCAGAUCAUGAAUCAUUGCUGGAAAGAGUUGUUCCAGCACCAUUUGUUGAAAAGAGACCAGAAGACCGGCCACCCUUCUCCAGCCUGUUGGGUCAACUGGCUGAAAUCGCAGAAUCAGGACUUUAGCAGAGACUUGGUGCCAGGACACAGGCUGCAGAUCCUGAAUGGGGGAGGGAAGUCCUCCUUCCACAGAGCAUUAAAUCUUCCCCAAGCCCAGGACUUCUCAGGGGCAGUGUGGCCUGUGACUCCUGUCCCUGAGCUGCCACAGAGGCAGUGCCGUUAGCGGCUGGCAUUGGGACACAGGCAGGAGGGUCAGCCACUGAGCUGGGAGCGGGACCAGCACAGCAGUGACGUCUCUGCCCUCCCUCCAGCCUCUUGUCACAUGUAGUGCACAAGCCUCAAUCUGAAAGCUUCAGGCAACAUUUCUUGCACUGCUUCUUAGUGAAAGGGAGAGACAGGAAUAGGAUUCUGGAUUAUUAUUUUUAUUAUUAUUUUAAACAUGGGUCUAAAGUUUAUGGGACAAAGAAACUUUUGAUUGGACCCAGCAACACAGUAAUCGAAGAUUGGGGGCAAGGGAAACGAGGAAUAUGUCUCUUUUUCUAAGAAAACUGGUGGGUUAAUUCAAGUCAGAAAAAGCGAGCUCUGCGGCUAUGAUGCCGUCAGCCACAGCUUCCUGCAGUAGAGGAUGAUGGGACAGUCUCUCACAUCAGAGGGCAGAUAUUCUGAGAUGCAGCUUCAUGAGGUUUUGUAAGGGUGUUCUGCCACCUGUCUCCUGGAGGGGAGGAUGGUGAGCUCCGUUGGAUGGAUUGGGGUGAAUAAGUCAAAUUCUACAGUUGGGAGUGUUGUGUACCUAGUGUCUGGGCAGGAACUCAAGAGGGCAGGUGAUGGUAGGGAACCAACUGGUACAAAGAAAGGCCUUGGGUUGUUACCACUCUGAUCCUCACCUUUAAUACCAAAUGAGACAGGUGACUAUGCCUCCCCUCUGCACAAAAGUCCCCUGCAGGAUCCUAGGCAGAAACGAUUACUCUGAACACUGACUCUGACUGAAGACUUGGCCACCGUUUUUCUGGCCUCACAGAACCAGCCCUCUCUCUCUGCAAUAUUCCGUCCUCACCAACAGAGGGCACCAUUGUGCUGGUCAGUGUGACCUUUCAGAGAAACAGACGCUUGUUUAGGCCCUCAGGUUUUCCAAUUUUAAGACUGAGACAUCAAGGCGCCCAAAACUCUAGGAGAAGAACAAGGAGUCUGCUCUUGCUCAAACAGUCCUCAUGAAAAGUAAGAUGUGGUGCUCCCAAGAUGCACAAAGAUGCCUACUGUUAGGCUGAGCCCUCAAACAUGCUAAGCGAGUAUAGCCUGAGCUACGAGCUUUCAAUACAGAACCUCAGUUCAUCCUCACACCACGCGCAUGAGAUAGUAUUAAUAUUCCCAUUUUACGGAUAACAGAAUUGAGGCUUUAAAAAGUCAAGAUACCUGCCUGAAGUGACGGAGCUAGGAAGUAUAGAGCCCCCGAGGUUCUAGCCAAAAUCUGUCUGAAUUUAAUGCAGUCUUUCUCCCUGCUCAACACUGCCUCCUACUGAGUAUGAAAGGGAUUGCAAAGGAGUUAAGGACAGCAGAGGGGAAGGACAUCAUAGAAAGCCAAUCCAAGAAGUUGAUGUAGCACCACCAGGGAAUAAUUUUGCUCCCACAUAGACCACCGAGUCUGGUGCUCUGACCCUCCAAACUGAAUUACCACUAGUUGCCGUGGAGUCAGUUCCAAAUCAUGGCAACCCCAUGUGUGUCAGAGUAGAACUGUGCCCCCAUAAGAUUUUCAGUGGCUGAUUUUUCAGAAACAGAUCUCCAGGCCUUUCUUUCAGGUACCUCUGGGUGGACUUCAACUUCCAGCUCUUUGUUUAGCAGCCAGGCAUGUUACCAUUUGCACCACUCAGGAACUUCUCCAGCUUGGAAUCGGAUCUUCUUUUUCCUUAGUGUAUUCUCACCUUGGUCAUAGUUAAGUGACGUUUUAUUUUUAAUUGUGGCAGAUAUGUAUAUAACAAAAGCAUUUGCCAUUUCAACAUUUUUUACAUGUACAAUUCAGUGACAGUUAGUUGACUUUUGCAUUGCUCAGUUAACCCUAAAUUCCCCUAGUCUGCUAGAAUCAUAUUGUAUGAAGACACUUAACAGAUGAGCUUUGAAUGAUUCUCCUGCAGAAAUACAAAUGCCUCCUUUGAUUUACUAGGCCAGCUUUGAGCUGCUGUCUUCUUGGACAUUUUGUGCAGAAGGAUAUUCCCUGAUAUAACAGAGAUUUUAUUUUCCUAGACUGUUUAGAUAAAGCUCAUAGGGAACUUACCUAAUGAUGUUGCAAUAGGAUCUUUCUAACUCAUAUAUUUUGGCCAUUUUGAGAUUCAGAUGAGAACCCUUGUGAGGCAGUGGUUAAGAGCUCAGCUGCUAACCAAAAGGUUGGCAGUUGGCAGUUCAAAUUCACCAGCUGCUCCUUGGAAACCCUAUGGGGGCAGUUCUCCUCUGUCGUGUGGGGUCGCUAUGAGUGGGAAUUGACUGCAAUUUUUUUUUUUUUGGAAAUUCAAAUGUAUAGCUGUUAACUAUAAUUAUUGUGCAACUGGGAACC